UUGUGUUAUUAAAAGAUGAAUGUUUCACUGGUGGGUAACAUCACCCAACCCAAGAUUUUGCGGGACAGCUUUGGCACAGCGGUGGCUAAGAAUGUGAUAGUGGUUAGUUUGUGCAUCUCCAUCAACUACAUCAACGGCACUCUCAUCCACACCUUCAUCAAGCACGAGAUCUUCAACGGAAACCCUCGGUACAUUCUCUUCAUUCACAUGGUGUUCAACGACAUGAUUCAGCUGAUGAUUUCAGUCCUUCUUCAUGUGUUGAGCUACAUUGUGUUUACCAUCAAUGUCUCUUUCUGCUGUGUUCUAUUGAUGAGCGCUAUAUUCACAACGCUCAACACACCGCUGAACCUGGCCGCCAUGGCUAUAGAGCGCUACAUCGCUAUCUGCAACCCUUUGCGUCAUGCUCAGAUCUGCACCGUACCUAAAACAUACAUCCUUAUCGGCCUAAUCUGGAGCCUGAAUGCCAUCCAGGCUCUACCAGACCUGUUCGUCCUGUUGGGUACACAACCGCGAAGCUUCUUCUACAGCAACAUCUUCUGCUACAGAGAUUAUCUGUUCAAUAACCCAUAUAUGAUAGAGAAGAGAAAAUUUGUGUAUAUCAUUUACCUGGCAUUUGUUGGGCUGACUAUAGUGUAUACUUACAUAAAGAUCAUGUUUGUUGCAAAGGCCACAAGCUUGGAUGCCGGCAAAGCUCGAAGUACCAUCAUCCUACAUGGGAUCCAGCUUCUGAUGUGCUUGCUAACGUUUGUCGGGCCCUUCCUGGACAAUCUGCUGCCGGGAAUGUUUCCUAUGCAUAUUCUGGAGAUGAGAUUUUUUAAUUAUUUAGUCAUCCAGAUAAUGCCCAGGUUUGUCAGUCCUAUUGUGUAUGGCUUGAGAGAUCAAACAUUUUGUAAGUACCUGAAAAGAUACUUACUGUGUACAAUGUUUGAGGUGAGGAGUACAAUAAAAACUCCCCAACCCAAAAGGAAUUUGGCGAAAGUUUCCGAUAAAUCCAUAUGA